GGGAUAUGAAAGGAGGGGAAUAGACAGCCAUUACCGAAUCACGGUCUCCAUACUGCUCCUCUGUCUACCGGGUCGGUGCAAAACGAACCGAGAGUCAGUGUUUCCGUGGCCGGCUGAGAGGCGUGUUUGUCAGGAUUGAGAGCCAGCGCAUCCCCGCCUCUGUCACCCUGCGUGCGGUAACGGGCACUGCCGUUAUACGCCCUCUGGCGAGAUGUCUUCCUCGGACGAGGAGAGCCUGAGCGAACGUUCGUGUGUGAGCGAACGUUCGUUCCGCAGCGAGAGGUCUGGGGGCUCUCUCUCGCCCUGCGCCCACAGCACAGCCGGGCCCAAAGGGGACACUCUGCCAUGGAACUUAUCCAAACAUGAGAGACGCAAGCGCAAGAGCCAGGACUCAGUGCUGGACCCCGCAGAGAGGGCAGUCGUGCGAGUCGCAGAUGAACGAGACAGGGUGCAGAAGAAAACUUUCACAAAAUGGGUCAACAAACAUCUCAUAAAGGUGCGGAAGCACAUCACAGACCUGUAUGAGGAUCUAAGGGAUGGCCAUAACCUCAUUUCCCUCCUUGAGGUGCUGUCUGGCGUCACACUGCCCAGGGAAAAGGGUCGUAUGCGAUUUCACCGACUUCAGAAUGUGCAGAUCGCCUUAGACUUCCUUAAGCAGAGACAGGUCAAAUUAGUAAAUAUACGCAAUGAUGACAUCACAGAUGGGAAUCCAAAGCUGACACUGGGACUGAUCUGGACCAUCAUCCUUCACUUCCAGAUUUCUGAGAUCUAUGUGAGCGGUGAGUCAGGUGACCUCACGGCGAAAGAGAAGCUGCUGCUAUGGAGUCAACAGGCCACAGAGGGCUACCCUGGUCUCCGCUGUUCCAAUUUCUCCUCCUGCUGGAGCGAUGGACGCUUGUUCAAUGCUCUUCUGCACAGAUACAGGCCAGACCUGAUUGACAUGGAAGUGGUUGCACAACAGAGUAACCGUGAGAACCUGGAACAGGCCUUUGAGAUUGCAGAGUCGUUAGGGGUAACGCGACUUCUAGAUGCUGAAGAUGUCGAUGUGUCGUCGCCAGAUGAGAAAUCUGUCAUCACGUACGUCUCCUCCAUCUACGAUGCUUUCCCCAAGAUCCCAGAGGGUGGAGAAGGCAUUGCAGCUCAUGAGGUUGACCAGCGAUGGACAGAAUACCAAUCUGGCUUCUCUUCUCUGCAGCAGUGGACCAGGCAACAUAUGGCCCUCAUGGCCAACAGGAGCUUCCCCCACAAUCCUGUGGAACUCAAGGCACUUUACAAUGAAUAUGUCCACUUCAAAGAAACAGAGAUCCCUGCGAAGGAGAGAGAGAAGAGCCACAUUGAGCACCUUUACAAGCUUCUGGAGGCGUGGAUAGAGUUCGGGCGCAUUAAAUUGCCUCAAGGGCUACACCCUAAUGAUCUGGAGGAGGAAUGGGGAAAACUGAUCCUGGAGAUGUUGGAGAGAGAGAAAGCACUGAGACCUGCUGUGGAGAGGUUGGAGUUACUCCUACAGAAGGCCAAUAAGAUCCAGAACAUGGCUGUAGAUUGUGAGGAGAAACUCACGUUGGCGAAGAACACUUUGCAGGCUGACAUGUCUCAGCUAGAGAAUGGGCAGCCGGUACGGUGUGAGAACGAAUUAGGGAUGUAUCUGCAGGACUGUGAGGCUUUAGUCAGACAGCUUCACCUUGACCUGCAGGUCCUCAGAGAUGAGAAGUACUACCAAGUGGAGCAGCUGGCAUUCAGGGUGUCAUGUCUGCAGGAGGAGCUGGUCUCUUUGCGCCUGCAGUGUGCCAGUGUGUACAGGAAGGGUCAUUUCUCCACAGGGGGUCUGCUGGGAGAGCAUGCGGGUCAGAUGGGUUCCCCAGGCGGUUUGGCUACACUGGGAGCACAGACACUUCUGGGAGCAGUGGGUGCUGUGGCAUCCCUGCUCAGACGGCCGAUGUCUCGCGCAGACCUGGUAGCCAUGUCUUCAUCUGAGGACGAAGGCAGUUUGCGCUUCAUCUAUGAGCUGCUGGGGUGGGUGGAAGAGACGCAGGACCUGCUGCAGCGAGCCGAGUGGGGUUCUGAUCUGCCAUCUGUAGAACAGCACCUGCAAGACCACCACAUCAUUCACACAGCAGUGGAAGAUCUUCUGAAUAGCCUCAAAGAGGCUCGAAACUAUGAGUCAAGGGUCUCGCCUAAUUUACGUAGCAGUUACUCUGAGACUCUAUCCAAGCUGGAGAACCAGUACUGCAAACUGCUGGAACAUUCGUCAUGGCGACUGCGUUGCCUAGAGAGCCUUCGAGCUUUUGUGUCCCACUGCACUGAGGAGCUGAUCUGGCUCAAUGAGAGGGAGGAGGAGGAGCUGGCCUUCGACUGGAGCGACAGCAACACCAACAUGGCUGCCAAAAGAGAGCAAUAUGCUGACAUGAGGUCAGAGCUUGAGGAAAAACAGGAAGUGAUGCGCACUCUCCAAGAGACAGCUGACAACCUAUGUCAAGAGAACCACCCAGCCAAACAAACAGUUGAGGCCUACAGUGCUGCCCUGCAGACGCAGUGGCAGUGGAUCAAAGAGCUCUGUAUUUGUGUGGAGCAACAUCUCAAGGACAACACUGCCUACUUCCAGUUUAUGAGUGAUGCACGGGACUGUGAAAGCUAUCUACGUCAGCUACAAGACACUAUUAAGAGACAAUACACCUGUGACAAAAACAGCAGACUCGGUAGACUGGAAGACCUCCUGCAGGACUCCAUGGAGGAGAAAGAGCAAUUGAUUGAAUACCGCAGCACAGUGGCCAGCCUUGUAGGCCGAGCCAAGUCUGUAGUCCAGCUCCGUCCACGCAGUGCAGAUAGUAACCUAGGCACCACUACGCCUAUUCGUGCCAUCUGUGACUACCGACAAAUAGAGAUCACGAUCAGCAAAGGAGAGGAGUGUGUACUGGAGGAUAACUCUCAGAGGACUAAAUGGAAGGUCAUCAGUCCUACAGGAAAUGAGGCCAUGGUGCCAUCUGUGUGUUUCACCAUUCCUCCCCCUAAUCAGGAGGCCAUUGACACUGCCAGCAGAAUGGAGCAGAUGUACCAGAAUGUCAUGUCUUUAUGGCACCAGCUGCAUGUUAACAUGAAGAGCGUCGUCUCCUGGCACUACCUGCAGAAAGACAUACGAAAUAUUUUCUCCUGGAAUCUGGACACAAUGCGCUUGCAGGCUCCAGCAGAGAGGCAGCAGGCUUUAGACAACCUUGACGCCCACUUGUCCGAUUUCCUUACGGACAGUCGCGAGAGCUCCCUUUUUACGCCAACUGAACGGCGUGAGCUAGAGAAAGAAGCUGAGAACUGCCGUGAACAUUGCCAAACUCUGCAGGUCUCUUUGGAGACAGUGGAGAAAGAUGAGUUGGCCUCUCGUGCUUACCUCUCGGAGCUGCAGAGCAUCAAGUCCCAUCUGGAGGAUGCAGAGAGCAGACUGAUGCGUGGCAUGCAGACUCCACACCCCAGCACAAUAGCAGGAGACGUCACAGACAAUGCAGUUCACAUAGCGGAGCAAGAGAAGCUGCAGCAGGAUCUGAAAGGACUUCAGUCAGAUUUAGGUGAGGUGUCUCGUCGCUGCGUGAACUUCUUUGAGGAGAAGCCUACCUCUUCCAGUGUGCCUGUCCUACGCUCUGAGCUUAACCUGGCUGUAGAGCACAUAGAGAAACUCAACUCGCUCUCAUCUGUUUAUCUGCAAAAAUUGAAGACGGUUGAUGUGUUGAUGAGAAGCCUGCAGGCUGCAGAAAGUCAAGUGAAGAAGUAUGAAAGUCGACUGAGUGAAGAGGAUAUUGUGCCCGCUGAUACUGCUGCAAUCCAGGCCUUGGGAGAGCAGUUAAAAAAAUGGCAUUCAGAGUUGGAAGAGCAGGAUCACGUAUUCAAGAGCCUGAGUUUAGAGGUCCAGCAGGCUAGAGAGGUCGGAAACCAACUCAACCAACUGCACCCUGACCGCAGCCCUGAACUGGACCGCUAUCAAGAGAAAGCACAACAACUCACAGAGAGGUGGAGCGGAGUGCGCAGGCAAAUGGAGACACGGCAAGCAGAUCUGGAAGUGCUGGGUUCGGUGCUGCAGCAUUACAGAGAAGGCCACAGCUCUCUCAUCCGCUGGAUAGAGGAGACCACCGAAAAACAGGAGAACACGCAACCCGAGCAGACGGACAGCAGAGCUUUGUCAGAACAGCUUGCACAGCAAACGGCCUUGGUGGCUGAGAUAGAACAGAACCAGGUCAAACUGGAUGAAUGCCAGAUGUACUCUAAACAGUACUGUGCUGCUGUUAAGGACUAUGAACUCCAGCUUAUGACGUUCAGAGCUUUUGUUGAAUCAACCCAAAAGUCCCCUGUGAAAAGGAGGAGGAUGCACUCUUCAUCAGAUGUGAUCACACAGGAGUUUAUGGAUUUACGCACACGCUACACAGCUCUGGUAACCCUGACAACACAACAUGUGAAGUAUAUUAGUGAUGCACUACGGCGACUAGAGGAGGAAGAGAAAGAGGUUGAGGAGGAGAGGCAGGCACGAGUGGGGCAGGUCUCAGAGUUGCUCGGUUGGGUCAAGGGCCUACAGGAACGCGCUGGGAGAUCUGCCGAGCCAUCACUUGCUGCACAGCAGGCUAUUAGUGAACAGUUAGCAGCUAAAAAAGAGGAAGUUGCUGAAGCUAUCAGGAGCACCCAAGUCUUCCUGAUGUCAAAACAGGCCAGCAAGCUGUCUCCUGAAGAGCGCGCACAGGUGGUCUCCCAGUUGGACGAACUGACGGCCACCUACACUCAACUGUGUGACAGUUCUGCCGCACAGCUGCAGCAACUGGAGGAGCAGCUGGCCAAAGAGGAGAAGCGCAAGGGCAAAGAAAUCAUCGCUGGAGUAAUUGACCUUGGCACCAUGGAAACCAUUCCAGUUUUCCAGGCAGCACAGCAUGGCCUCAUAGAUCUAGACACCUGUCAUGUACUGUUGGAGGCACAGGUCGUCAUGGGUGGUCUACUCCAGCCUGACUCCCCUGAUAAACUGUCAUUAGAUAAGGGUCUUUCCAGUGGUUUGAUUGAUAAACAUAUUUACAAAUCACUGGAAGAGCUAGAGGCUGCUCUUGGUCUUGUCAACACAAUAAAAUGUGCAGAGGGUCUGGAAUUACCAGUAGCCAUUGCAAUGAAUGAAGGUGUCAUAAAAGAGCUUGUGGCGCUCCGUAUACUUGAGCUGCAGAUAAACACUGGCAGCCUGAAGUUUGGUUCCAGUGGAGAAAUGAUCAGCCUGGAUGAUGCAAGAGAGAAGGGAUUGUUAUCCCUUGAUCUUUAUCAAAAAGUGCAAUCCUGUCUUAACCAGCGAGAACUUAUUGAUCCAAAUACAGCAGAAAAACUAAGUCUGGCUGAUUUCCAACAGCGUUGUGUUCUUAAUCAGGAGACAGGUCUGCGCUUCUUUCCAGUUAAACAGAAGCCAGGAGGAACUGUCUGCUUACGCUCUGGCAGAAAGGUGGGAAUAUUCCGUGCAGUUCAAGAGGGGCUUAUCGACCGGCAUGUCACAGUUCGACUUCUGGAGGCUCAGCUGUUUGCUGGCGGUAUCACAGACCCCCGCUCGGGACACAGAUUGACUGUUAAUGAGGCUGUCCGGCAUGGCCUGAUGGAUCAGGACUUGGCCUGCACCCUCAUGACACGACAGCUACAAGCAGGGGGAAUAAUAGAUCCAGUCAGUAGGGAGCGUCUAGAGUUGGAUGAGGCCAUAAAAAGAGACCUUCUCUCUCCUCGCAUAGCCUUGCGUGUACUGGAAUCUCUCCAGUCGUUUAAGGCAAUAAUGUGGCCAGAAUCAGGUGAGCUGCUUCCAGUAAGUGAAGCUCUUCAACAGGGUGUUGUCAGUAGAGAACUUGCUGCAAAAGCCCUGAGAAAACGUCAUUCUGUUGGUGCUGUAUGUCUGCCUGAGAGUGGACAGGUGGUCCCUCUGCAUCAAGCAAAGAAGAUAGUUAAGCCACAGGCAGUGGAGCUCCUAAAAGAAAUCCAGGUUCCAGAUGUCCUUCCCCAUGUGACUCAGUCAGGUUCCUCAUAUAUGAAGCAAUUGAGUUCUGGAACUGCAUAUUCUUCAUCACCUCCUGCCUCACAUGCAGAUGUCAGUUCCAUCACGGAGGAAGGUAGAUCAGAAGAGCAGCUUCAAAGCCUCCUUCUCACUGAAGUGAUGACACACAGCUACAUUAAUGCUCAGUCAGGAGAUCGCCUAGUCCUGCUAGAACCAGAAUUGGUAGAGUUAAUAUGUGAAAGUGUGAAAACCACAAACCCUGACAGACCAGUCCAACAUGAAAUACCUAGCAACAUUAGAGUUACACUGGACAGCAAAGCUAUGAGUGGGAUUGGAGAGGGAGAAAAUGCAGAACCCAAAAUUACGCAAUAUGAAAUGGCGGAGACUAUAGAAAUGGCAGGGGAAGAUCGUGCAACCUUGAUGGUCACCGACAGAACCUUUGAAGAGCCUUUGCAAAAAGUAGAUUUGCAAGAGAAAGUUCUAUCAUCAGAAGAGUAUGAACAACCCAAGAUAAAAGGUAAAAUUGCCUGCAAGAUAACUGAUGUAGGAGAGGCAAUAGAAAGAACAGAAGAAUAUCUUGCACCAUUGACAGAAGCAAAAAUGAUAGAGCUUUCAAAUGAAGAGAUUCAACAAGAAAACGUUUUGUCAUCAAGAGAUUAUGUAGAACCCAAGAUUAAAACAGAUGACACUGACAUGGGUAGGACUAUAAAAGGAGCAGGGGAAGAUCUUGCAUGCUUGACAGGCACAGACAGAACUUUUAUAGAGCCUUCACGUGCAGACGUUUCACAAGAGAAAGUUCUAUCAUCGAGAGAAUGUGAGGAACCCAAGAUUAAAAAAGUUGAAAUUGAGAGAAACAACACUGAUGUGAUUGAGACCAUCAAACUGGCAGAGGAAGAUGUUCCACACUUGGUAAAUAAAGACAGACCCUUUAUAGCACCUUCACAUAAAGAGGACUUGCAAGAGGGAGUUCUGUCACCAGGAGGACAUGAAAAACCAAAGGUUUUAAAAGGUAAACUUGCCAAGACGAACACUGAUACAGGUGAGAAAGUAGAAAGAGCAGAAGAAAAUCUUGCACCUUUGGAAGGUGCAGCAAGAGCUUUUACUGAGUCUUUAAAUAAAGAGAAUCUACCUGAGAAAGUUCUGACACCAGGAGGACAUGAAAAACCCAUGGUUUUAAAAGGUAAAAUUGCCUGGACGGACACAGAUAUAGGUGAGACAGUAGAAAGAGCAGAGGAAGAUCUUGCACCCUUGGCAGAUGUAGCGAGAGCUUCUUCAGUACCUUUACAUAAAGAGAACUUAAAACAGAAAGUUUUGUCAUCAGGAGAAUAUAAAGAACCCAAGAGUAAAAAAGAUGAAACUGACAGCAAGAAAACUAACAUAGGUGAGACACUGGAAAGACCAGAGGAAGAUGUUGCAGUUUCAACAGGUUCAGAAAUAACCUUUAUAGAACCUACACAUGAAGUUGUUUGGCAAGAGAAAGCUCUGUCAUCAGGAGAAUUUGAAGAACCCAUGAUUAUGAAAGGAAAAAUUGCCUGGACAGACACUGGUAUGGGUGAGAUGAUAGAAAGAGCAGAGGAAGAUCUUGCACCCUUGACAGAUGCAGGCAGAGCUUUUGUAGAGCCUUUAAAUAAAGAGAAUUUACAAGAGAAAGUUCUUUCAUCAGGACAAUAUAAAGAACCCAAGAGUAAAAAAGAUAAAAUUGCCAGCAAGAAGACUAAAAUGGGUGAGAAACUAGAAAGACCAGAGGAAGAUGUUGCAGCUUUAACAGGCUCAGAAAUAACCUUUACAGAGCCUACACGUGAAGUUGUUUGGCAAGAGAAAGUUUUGUCAUCAGGACAAUAUAAAGAACCCAAGAGUAAAAAAGAUGAAACUACCAGCAAGAAGACUAACAUAGGUGAAACACUUGAAAGACCAGAGGAAGAUGUUGAAGCUUUAACAGGUUCAGAAAUAACCUUUGUAGAGCCUACACAUGAAGUUAUUUGGCAAGAGAAAUUUCUGUCAUCAGGAGAAUAUGAAGAAUCCAAUAUAAUGAAAGGUAAAAUUGCCUGGAGGACAACUGGUUUGGGUGAAAUGAUAGAAGGAGCAAAGAAAGAUGAGGGAGUGCUGCCAUCAGGAGAAUAUGAAGAACCCAUGAAUAUGAAAGGAAAAAUUGCCUGGAAGGUCACUGGUAUGGGUGAGAUGAUAGAAAGAGCAGAGGAGGAUCUUGCACCCUUAACAGGCACAGAAGAAACUUUUAUGGAGCCUUCACAUGUGGUUUGGCAAGAGAAAGUUCACACAUCAGGAGAAUGUGAUGAAUCUGCCAUUUUAAAAGGUAAAAUUGCCUGGAGGAAUGCUGAUGUGAGAGAGAAAAUGGAUAGAGCAGAAGAUCUUGCACCCUUGACAAGUACAGAAGGAACUUUCAUGAAGCCUUCUCAUGAGGUUUGGCAAGAGACAGUAGAAAGAGCAAAGGAAGAGCUUCCACUCUUUACAGCCACAGAAAGAGCCUUUGUAGAGCCUUCACAAGAAGAGCGCUGGAAGAAGAAUGUUCUGUCAUCAGAACAAUAUGAAGAGCCCAAGAUUAAAAUAAGUCAAAUUGCCAGCAUAAAGACUGAUAUUGGUGAGACUAUAGAAAGGACAGAGGAGCAUCUUGCAUCCUCGACUGGGAUAGGCCUAAACUUAACAGUGCCUUUUCAUACAAGCUCAACGCUACCAACGACUAUAUCAGAUAAUGGAGCGCCCUCUCAAAGUCAAAUUAUAGAGUCAACACUACAUGAAUCUAAAAAUAAGGAAACACUUGACCUGGAACAGGCAGAUAGUAGUAGAGUAUUUCUAGAGAAAGCAGAUCAAAAAAUGUUUGACAUGAGUGAAAGCAAUGCACAUAUUUCACUUCAAGAUACUGUAAAUGUGCAACAGUAUGAUCAGCUAAAAGUCAAACUAGAUGAAGCCAAGACUGCAAAACAGUUUGAGGAAAUAAAGAAAAUGGAUGAACACGAGGAACCCUCAGACAUGAAGACUUUGACUGUGGAACUAAGUGAUGAUGAUGUGAAGCUUGAGAGAAUGGCAGUGGAACUGCAACAAGGGGGUCUUGUAACUGUAGGUGGCCAAAAAGUUCUUUUGGAUGAAGCUCUGGCACAGGGUUUGCUUCCAGGGCACACUGCUAUUAAGCUUAUGGAAAAAGCUAGUCUCUUUGGUGGUUUUCUGGAUGUUAAAGCCUGUAAGUCACUUAGUGUUGAGGAUGUGAUGCAAGCAGGACUGUUGGAUGAGGACUUAUUGGCCUGUGUUCUUCAUUCAGAAAAGAGUUUAGCCGGUAUAAUUGAUGUGGAACAUGGUCGGCACUGCUCAAUAAAGGAAGCUGCUGAAGCAGGCCUGUUGGACUCCGAUACGGCUGCUCGUCUUCAUGAAGCCCAGGUUGUGUCAGGGGGAAUAGUUGACCUACGAAGAGACAAGAAGGUGUCAGUUACCCUUGCAGCCAACCUUGGAUUGAUUGAAGAGGCUAGGAAGGAGAAGCUUCUAUCACUGGAAAAGUCAUGCAAAGGAAAAAGUUCAGAUCCAAAUGCAGUGCAAACCAAGUUGGCGCUACAGUUACAAAUGAAAGGAGUAGUGGACCCAAAAACCAAAAUGGCUGUCCCACUGGAACAAGCCCUUCAAACUGGCUUAAUCGGACAGGAUGAGGCUCAGAAGAUUUUAUGCCAGCAGGUUGCAGAAGGUGGCAUUGUGCAUCACGGCUCAGGUGUUCGCCUUACUGUUGUGGAUGCACUACAACAGGGUCUCGUAGAUCACACAGUCGCUCCGAAGUUGAUGGAACUGGAAAAGGCUCUAAAAGAACCAAGUAGUUUGGAUCAAGACACUUCACUUCUUCAGGCAUCUACAGGUUCUAUUUAUGAUGAUGCAUCAAAAAGCAAGAUUACUCUGAGUGAGGCUGUUUCUAAAGGCCUCCUAGAUGACGAAAUGGCAAAUAAAGCUAUGGCCUCACCCAAUGUUAAAAGCGGAUUUUUGGACCCUCAUAAAGCUUGUGUUGUGUCCUACUCUGAGCUGGUAAACCAGGGUAAAAUUGACAUUGAGACAGGACAGAGAUUCCUUGAAGUAAGACCUUUCAGGGGUGUUCCACAUAAACAAAGUGAUGAAAUGAUGACCUUACCACAGGCAAUUAAGGCAGGCCAGAUAGAUCCCAUACCAGCAGUGAGAGUAUUGCAGAGUCAAGCAGAUACAGGGGGUAUCAUUAACAUUUACAGUGGAGAGCGUUUGCCUCUCCCAGAGGCUAUAAAUAAAGGAUUAGUUGAUAAAGACAUGGCUAAAGAUAUUGCUACAAAUCAACUCUUGAAAGGGGGGCUGCUCAAUCCAGCCAGUGGACAGAAGGUCUCCAGCAUUACUGAGGCAAUUGAGUAUGGGCUUAUUUCGACAGAAAUGGCUGCAGAACUUCAAAACAGCAUGGGCCUUGUAGAUGAAGAUGAGAGGAAAAGUUCCAAAAUACCAGCCUCCCCAAUGAAAGGAACAUCUAGUUCUUUUGUUCCUGAGAUGGUAUCAGAGCAGGUCAGUCCCAAUAAAAUGUCACUUGAGAAAAGUCUGAGUAAACCAUCAUCACAUCUUACAGAGGCUGAAAUAAAACAAGCAGAUCUUCUGAAAAAAGAGGAGCUUGAAUCUGUUGACAUCCAUCCUAAUUUAGAAAGUAAGGAGCAGUUGGUUGAUGCCGUGAUGCAGGACAGUAAUGAUACAUCACUAGAGGUUCUGACUAAAUAUACCUUGAAAGCAGAGAAAAGACUUCAACAGGCCAUUAAAGAGAGUGAAUAUAUAAAAUCACAGUCAAUCCAAAGCCCUGAGCAACCUGAAGAGAUUUCUGAUGUCAAAUUGCAAAAGGUAGAAGUUAAGAACUCAACAGCUUUACUUGAACACACCACAGAGAUGGAAAUGCAGAGGCAGGCAGUUAAUAUACUUACAGUUCCUACUGCCAUUUUCUCAGACAACAGCAUGGAACAAGUCCCAUCUACAGAGCUAACAAAAGUAGAGAUCCAAAUGCAGACAGUGUGUGAACCUGCAAUCUCUAAAGUCAAGUUCUCAGACACAGAUGAUGGCUUGCAAAUCAAGGAACAUACCCCAUCUAUAGAGCAGAUAGAAGGCCAUAGUUUAAAGCUAGAAGCAGAUCAGCCAGUGUCCAAACUAGAGAAAGUCAAGGACAGCCAGGAGACUGGAUUGGAUCCUUAUGCUUCUACACCCACAGGGUCAGUUAAGGUAUCAGGAAAGAAGAAAGGCAGAGGAAAAAAUGGAAAGCAACCUAAAAUGGAAAGUGAUGCAAAGUCACAGGUUUCAGACACCUCAGCCAGGAUUUCACCUAUAGAAAAAGCAAAGGUUGAUGGACAAGAUAACUUUACCACUAGUCAAAAGCAUAUGAAAGAUGACAAAGAGAAAGUGAUUGAAGUACAGCAAUCAGAGACAACCCAUGAGAGUGGUAGCAUUGCACUGGUGACAAGGAUUGGCGAGACUAUGCAAGGAAAAGAUUUGGAAAUGGGGGUGGACAGAACUGCUAGUGAAACUAAGACCCCCAAAUGUGAGUCUGAGCAUGAAACCAAUGAAAGACAACAAGAGAAGUCUCAGUCAGGAAGUCAGGAAGCGACUGAGGUCUCCAAGGACCUUGGCACUGAGAUAUCAGAAAAGAAGAAAAAGAAGAAAAGCAAAAGUAAGAAACUUAAGCAAGUGUGUACUGUUGAAGCAGAAGGUGUAGAGAAAAGAGAUGAUGAGACUGAGAAAGAGCAAAAGACGGUGAUUCAUGAGGUCCAACCUCAAAGCAAUCAGUCAGAUGAGAAAGAAAGUAUGAAGCAACUUGAGAAAGCAAAUCAGGCAAUGGCACAGAAGGAAAUGCUCUUGAUGAAAGCUAAGGAAAGCAUUCUUAGGAAGGUGUUUGAGCGAGGAGUGAGUGAAAAACAAGCUGCUGAAGAAUUACAAGCAAUGCGUCAAGUAGCCAGUAAUGGAGAAUCCCGCGUUACCACCCAAGAGGAAACUAUUGUAGAGAAGACAGGCACUAAGCCUACUCAAAGUAAGAAGAAAGACAUCAAGCUACUCCAAGAAAUCAAUGAAAGGGCUGAAAGGUCAGUGUCAAACAUUGCAGAGAAUCUUCUACCUGGGUCUGAUAUUGAUGCAAGCUCCUCAGUUGAACCACAGCUUCAAAAACCGGAAGAAGAUCAGCAUGACAAGCAUACAAACGCUGCAACAAACCAGGAAGAACUGGUUCUAAUUCAGAAAACCAAAGGAACAAUACCAAAAGAACAAGGCACUGAGCCAUUAUAUGCAGAUGAAAAGUUGAUUGACCCUAUGAUUGAACUGACCUUGUCAUCAAGCACUGCAGUGACUGGCAGUCAAGAAAUUGCUGAAUCAGUACCUCUCAAAUGUGUCAUUGACGUCCCAGCAAUGAAGGAUUCCAAAGCACUUUUAUCAAGUGAGGUGUGUACUUCUUUACAAAAUACCAAAACAGCAGUGAAAAAGGUAAGCAGUGAAGCUCAUCAAGAAAGAAUCAAGGAGCCCACUUUCAGUGGUUAUGAAGCCACAGAUGAACCUUCUAUCCAACAAUGUGAAGUUUCUGGUCUACCCCUUAUGGAGGUGAUCCCAGAGUCUGAUACCAAACAGAAAGAAGAGGUGGAAGAAUACACAAAAGCUUUAGAGGAAAGGCAGCCUGAAGAAAUUCAAAUGAAAACUGAAGAAAUAAGCAAAGACACUACAAAAGCUAGCAAGUCCUCACUGGCUCGCCAAGAGUGCUUAGAACAUGACCAACAGAUUGUGGCCUUGCUCUCCAUGGUGAGACACAUCGAGGUCCGCCUAAAGCAGCAGCAGCAACAGUCCAUUGGUCGAAGUCUCUCCACACUCGAUGACAUAAUCAAACAAAUUGAGAUGCUUUCUCUGGAAAUUAGUGACCUCGAACCAGAAGUGCACAAGGAGACUGAAGCAGCCACACAGCUGUUAGAGUCUAACCCUCAGGAUGUCCCACCUCAGCUGCUUAUGGCCCUGGAAAAAGAUGGGCGAAGCUUAGCUCGUGCUUACAGUGCAGCCAGAGACCUUGCCCAGAAUACUUUGCAGGGGUUACGAGCACAACGUGAUGCACAAAAUAAAGCUGUAAGCAGUCAGCUGAAAUCUUUACAAGACCAAGUUGACAAACUUCUCAGCUGGCUUAAGGAGACUGAAACACAAAUGCAGGAAGAAGCAGGUGUAGAUGGUCAGACAGUGGCCGAGAUCACUCGUAAGCAACAAUUGUGCGAGAAGUUACAGAACUCCCUCGCUGCCCGAUCCAGUGAAGUCAGCAAUGUGGCAUUCAGUAUUCAGGUAUUUAUUUCUGAGCAUGCUCAGGACCUGUUGCCUGAUCAAAGUAGGCAUCUCCUUGGGCAACUGGAGCAGCUACAGAGGGUCUUUCACCAGGCUGUUGGCCUCAAUCAUGCCAGGGCAGAGGCACUAUCAGCCCAACGGGCCAGAGAGAAUGAACGAAUGAUGAAAGAACAGAAAGAAAAAGAAGAGAAAAUGGAAAAAGAGAGACAAACUACAAGGGAUAGAGAGGUUGUGCAACAGCAGAAGGCAGAAUGCUCUCAAAAACUGGACAAUCUCACAAUGUGGUUGGCUGGUGCUGCCAGCCUGCUGGCCAAUCGGAGAGUUGGAACCGAGUCGGAUGAUGUGAACGAGUUACAGCAGAAGCAAAAAGAGCUGAAGGAGGUGGAGAAGGACCUUCAGACCAAAAGUGACAUGUUGACUGAGACUAUCCGCUCAGUGGAGGAGUUCCUGUCUGAGCGGGGUGACAGUUUGAGUCCUGAAGAGCGGGCCAAACUACAGGGGACUCUUUCACAAAUGAAGGAGCAGCACAGCUCACUUACAAACUCAGUCCGCUCUUCAUUAUCUGAAGUAGAUACUGCCAUUGUCACAACACUGCAGCAGAACACACAAAGAGCUAAAGCAGAGGAGCAGAUGCAGGAAACACAAGAAAAAAUAGACACACUUCUCAGAGAACUGUCAUCACUGGACGACUCAAAGAGGAGGUCACUUGGCAAAACUGUCACUGAUGCCCCAUCAUCUGCACCACAACCAGAGAAUGCUCUAAAUUCUCACAGUGACAUGCUUCAGACUGAGCUGCAACAGUUACAAGCUCAACAAGCUCACCUUCAGCAGGUGGCCCAGUCUGUCCAUUCCCUCUUGGAUCAACCCGACUCCAGUGUGCCCCCAGAGGAGAAACAACGCUUGCGGGCAAAACUAGACCAACUGCAGAGUCAGCAUCAGGAGCGCCUCCAGAACUGUCAGGACAGGAUGAGGCGGGUGGAUGCCCUCAGAGAUGAGUUUGCCAAGUUUGUGCAGGAGCAUGGGAACCUGGGCACAUGGUUGGAUCAGAGCGAACAAGAGCUACAUACACUCGGGGAAGGGGAAACUGAUGCACAGGGUCUAAAAGACAGGAUAGAGGAGCACAAAAAGCUUGCAGAAGAUGUCAUCUGUCACAAAGCAGAUUUGCGCUUUGUAACAAUCUCUGGCCAGAAGGUUCUGGAUUCUAUCCUGGGGGCAUUGGAGAAGGCGGGCAGUACGGAUCCUGCUCUGGAGGAAACCAGACAUGUAGUGAGUGACAGGCUUCAAGAUGCCACACAACGCUAUGGUUUAUUACACAGCAAGUCCUCAGAGCUUGGCACCCGUCUCUCAGGUCUCCUGGAGCGAUACCAACACUACCAAGAUGAGGCUGGUUCUUUAGGCUCCUGGCUGAGCACUCAGGAGCAGAAUCAGAGUGUUUUUAAACCCAGCGGAGAGCAAACGGACACUCAGACAUUGCAGAAUACACUCAGUACAGUACAGCUCUUGCAAGAUGAGUUGGCAGAGCGUUCGGUACAGCUUGAGAAGGUCAAGAGGGCAGGAAAAGAGCUAGUCAGCACUCAAGAGUCCCCAACUCUCAAAAAUGCAGAUAUUAACAAUCUUACAGGUACUCUGGAGAAGCGCUUUGAAACCCUGUCUAAUUCAGUGUCAGUGAGAGCCGAACAGCUUCAAACAGCCGUUGCCCAAUCAGUUAGUGUUCAGGAGGGGCUUAAAGCACUCCUGGCAUGGCUAGAUGGACUUCCUUUAUCACCUGGCGCAGUCCAACCCACUGCUCAAGCAGUUCAGGAUGCCCUGACACAAAAUCAGAAAAUACGUCAGGAACUGCUUUCAAGGCAGGGCAGCGUGGAUGCAACCUUAGACUCUGUGUCCAAGCUUCUGAAGUCUGCGGAUGCAUCGACAGCGUCUGGCCUGCAGGGGGCACUGCAGGACCUGAGUCAGCGCUACACAGCGGCCCAGGCCAAACAGGCUGAAAGAGAGACUGAGUUGCGGGGACUUUUGCCCAAGUUGGAGAGCUUUGAGCGCCAGAGCGCAGACCUCCGCAGCUUUACGCAGAGUCGAGAAAGGGCUCUCAGCCCAGUAGGCCAACCUGACUGCAGUGUGGAUGACUACAGACAGACCAUAGAGGAGGUGAGAUCAGAAAUUACUCAAGAGUCAAGUCAAUUAAAGUCAUUUGUCGAGCUUGGUUCAAACCUAAGCCAGUCUGGGAUACUUGCCAAUGUACAAAGCCUUCUGGACACAACCAAAGAGGUUUCUGAGGACUUUGCACGCUUGGAAUCCAAUGUCAAUGAGAGAUUUGAUUCCAUCCAGAGCUGCGUCCAGCAACUGGCAGACUUCCGCUCCCGCUCUGGCUCCCUCCUCCGAUGGCUGCAGACAGUACAAGAGCAACUUCCUGCCAAAGAGCCCAACCUAAGCACAGAAAGCCUGCAGAGACGAGCACAGCAGCUUAAAGAUCUACUCACAGAAUGGGAGACCCAGGGAAGCCAAGUUCAGGAGUUAAACAAGACCAGUUCACAACUGGAGAGCUUGGUUAUUAACAUCACAUCCCCCAAGAACAAGGCUGGUGUUUCCCAGCUCAAUGGUGCUUCCAGCCCCAACAGUGUUAAUGGCAUUCACACCUGUAAAGACUUGACUGAGAUCCAGGUGGCAGUGGCAGAUGUGAACUGCAAGUAUGAGCAGCUGGGCAGUGACCUAAGGGAGAGGAAGGGUAAGCAAGAGGCCUCUCUUGACCUGCGCCAGAAGGCCAAGCAGAGCGCAGAGGCACUCAUGCAGUGGCUGGGCCCUCGUGAACAGAGCCUGGCACAAGGACAGACCGCCUCACCUUCUCGGCCAGAGGUGGUGCGUGCUCAAGCCCAAGAAACCAAGGUAUUAAUUACUGAGCUUGCUGAGAAUUCUGGGAAAGUGGAGGACCUGAAAAACCUUCUCAAGCAGCUAAUAACAGAUAAUCCAGACUCUCCUGAAGCUGAGACGUGGAAACGUCAGCUUGAAGACAUAGACUCACGGUGGACGAAGGCCAAUGAGACUGCAGCACAGAGGCAGACUGAAUUGGAGGCGUGUGCUGAUAGGUUGGGUAGUUUUGCAGCAGCAGCCAAUCAGCUAGGACCGUGGCUACGAGAGAAAGAGCUGAUGAUGAGUGUUUUAGGCCCACUGAGUAUUGAUCCCAACAUGCUCAACACACAGAAACAGCAAGUGCAGUUCAUGCUACGUGAGUUUGAAACCCGGCAACCCCAGUUUGACCAGCUGACUCGGGCGGCAGAGGGAAUCCUCUCCCCGACCGGAGAUGAGGGUUCAAGAGAUGGACAGGACCUAGAGGAGGUGAGGCAGGAGCUGGCAGACAUUUCACGGCAAUGGGAAGACCUCACCUCUCGUCUCACCGGCCGUUCGCAGCAGAUCGACCAGGCCCAGGGAACCAGCGAGCGCUACCUGGCUUUGCUCAGGGAGCUGUCUCAGAGCGUGGCCGAUCUGGGUGAGAGGCUGGAUGCGCAGGCCUCUCUAAGCGCUCAGCCUGAAGCCCUGCGCCGUAGGCUUCAGGAAACCGGGGAGAUCCGUGCUGAGCUAGAACAGAGACGAGGUCAACUAGCCCAGGCUGAGCAGCUGUGUGCAGAGCUCAGCACAAUUGUGGCCGAACCGUAUCUCAGAGAUGAGUUAAACAAGAGGCUGGAGAGUGUAAGCGGCCCACUCAAAAACCUAGAAGAACGGGCUGCUGAUGGCUUGUCCCAGCUGCAGGCUGCCCUAUCCAGCACUCAACAGUUCCAGCAAAUGUUUGACGAGCUUCGUGGCUGGUUGGACGGGCAGGCUGGGAAUCACACAGCUGGGGUUUCUGAAACCCUUCCUUGCCAACCUGAUGCUCUAAAGACCCUUCUGGCCCAACAAGAGGAUCUCCAGCGAGCCAUAGCACAACAACGUGGAUCCUAUGAGCUCAUCCAGGCUGAGGGGACAUCUCUGUUGGCGUCGCUCCCGGCUGGAGAUGAGCGAUUAGCCCUACAGACACGACUUAACACCUUACGGCAAGACUGGGAGGGCAUGAACCAACAAGCCUCUAAUAAACAUAGUAGAAUAAAAGAGACUCUGUCCCGUGCUGAGCUGUACCAACAUAAUCGCAAUGAGCUUGUACCUUGGAUUGCAGAAUGUGAGGAAAGGGAGGCGGAGAUCCACCCAUCACUGGAUCCCUCCGCCUUAGACGAGGCUUUGCAAAAGGCUAGACAGUUGAGCCUAGAUUUGGAUCGUCGUCGCCCCCUUUUAGAUUCUCUGAACACCGCAGCAGAUCAGCUGCUUGAGCAGAGCUGUACUGGUGAAGAGGAAGUUAGGGAUGAAAAAGCCCAGCUUAAUCGCAGAGUAGACAGUCUCUCUGAGCGACUACAGGGACGCACGGCUCAGCUAGAAGAGUUGGGAAGCAGACUGAAAGAGUUUGAAGAUGGCAGACUGGCUGUGGAGAGAAGACUCGAGGCAGCCAAGCAUCAGAUCGAGGUUCAGGAAGCACUUGGGCCGCAAGCUUGUAGCAACAAAAGCCUGGAGCGUCUGCGUAGCCAGCAGGAGCUGUUAAACUCUGUACAGCCACAGGUGGUGUACCUAAGAAAUCUGGCUCAGGGGCUGCUGCAAGAUGCGCCUGAGAUCUCCAGGGCUGGUGAAGAUGGUGGCCAGAGGCUGUUGCAGCAAGCUCGUGAUACAGAAAAAGAGUUUGAAGAAGUUACUGAGAAGACUGAGCAGUGCUGCUCAUCCUUAGAGUCCCGGUUGCAAGGUGUGGGAGAGGUCCAGUCACGUGUUCGAGAUGUUUUCUCUCGCCUAGCUGAUUUGGACGAUGAGCUGGACAGCCUUAGCCCUGUGGGACGGGAUGCUGAUUCCUUGGCCUCACAGGCUGAUGCCGUCAGGGGCUUCCUGGGUCGACUUGACACCCUCCGUGCCGAGCUGGACAGUCACGGUGGAGACUGCACGACCAUGCUGCGUAGAGAGGGAAGCUCUCCUGAUCUUCUGGCCCUCAGAAGAGAGACCGAAGCCCUGAGCAGACAGGCCGGCAAGCUGGCAGAGCGGGGCCAAAACCGCCUGGCACUCAUAGAAGCUGCAGAAGAGCGUGUGAAGGAGUUCUACGCCCGUCUAGCUGACCUACAAGGGUUACUGGGACGGGCAGAGGAUGUGCUGAACACACAGGCUGUCGUUGGGACUGAAGUGGAGGUCAUCAAACAACAGCUUCAGGAAUUCAAGGCCGUGGAACGGGAGCAGAUAGACAGCAUUCAGCCUAAACUGCAACAUGUUAACGCUGUGGGUCAAGGUCUUAUCCAAAGUGCUGCCAAACACACUGACACUCAGGCCCUGGAACAUGACUUGGAGACCACCAACCUGCGCUGGAACUCCCUCAACAAGAGGGUUGCUGAAAGAAUUGCACAGCUGCAGGAGGCCCUGUUGCAUUGUGGGAAGUUCCAAGAUGCUCUCGAGCCACUCUUGAGCUGGCUGAGUGACACAGAGGAGCUCAUAGCCAAUCAGAAACCUCCGUCUGCUGAGUACCGUGUGGUUAAGGCACAAAUUCAAGAGCAGAAGCUACUUCAAAGGUUGCUGGAUGACCGCCGUGGGACGGUAGAGAUGAUCAGAGCAGAAGGAGAGCGUAUCGCUGCUACGGCUGAGACACAAGAUAGAGACAAAAUCCAGAAACAACUUAAGAGCCUUGGAGAGAGAUGGACAAAUCUGCUGGAAAAGGCCAGCGCCAGGCAGCGGCAGCUAGAGGAGCUGCAGGUGUUAGCGCUGCAGUUCCAUGAGGCGGUGGAGCCACUCGGUGAGUGGUUGAGCGCAACAGAGAGACGUCUAAGCUCCGCUGAGCCAAUGGGAACCCAGACCUCCAAAAUCACACAGCAGAUUGUAAGGCACAAGGCUCUCCAAGAGGAGGUAACCUCUCGGGAGAAUGAUGUAGACCAUCUUGAGACUCUUAGUCAGUCACUGCACCCGCUCAGCUGUGCGGCCGAUCGUGAUUGGCUGGGCGAGCGUGUGGCGGCAGUGCGCAACGGGCACACGGAGCUGCGUGAUUGGUGCAGUCGGAGAGAGGCCAUGCUGGAGCAGGCCCUGGCCAAUGCACAGCUAUUUGGAGAGGAAGAGGUGGAAGUCCUUAACUGGCUAGCUGAGGUGGCCCAGAGGCUGGCUGAGGUCUCAGUGCAGAGUUAUCAGCCGGAGCUACUAGAGCAGCAACACAAACACACACUGGCUCUUAAUGAAGAGAUUAUCAGCAGGAAGAAGACCGUGGACCAGGCCAUUAAGAAUGGACAGGCUCUGCUUAAACAAACCACUGGUGAGGAGGUGCUGUUAAUUCAGGAAAAGCUAGAUGGCAUCAAAAGCCGCUAUGCAGAGAUGACAGCGGGCAGCAGCAAAGCCCUCCGUACUCUAGAACAGGCCCUUCAGUUGGCCACGCGAUUCGCUAGCUCACACGAUGACAUCAGCCAUUGGUUGGAUAGCGUGGAGGCGGAGCUUAACAACGUUGAGCCCGACACAACGCCAGCCUAUCAGGACAGACAAAGGGAGCUGAAGUGCGUGUCUGCUGAGAAGAGGUUAGUUCUGGACACAGUAAAUGAAGUGGGUAGUGCUUUACUGGAUCUGGUGCCCUGGCGUGCACGGGAAGGCCUGGACCGCCUGGUUGCUGAUGCUAAUCAGCGCUACCGCCAAGCCGAUGAGACCAUUACACAAAGAGUGCAGUUAGUGCAGGCUGCCAUCCAAAGGUCACAGCAGUAUGAGGAGGCAGUUGAUGCAGAGCUGACGUGGGUCGGAGAGACAGAGAGGAAGCUGGCGUCUCUGGGGCCUCUGAGUCUGGAGCCUGAUGUGACUGUGGCUCAGCUCCAGGUGCAAAGAGCCUUUAACAUCGACAUCAUCCGUCACAAAGACACCGUGGAUCAACUCCUGAAGACACGAGAGGACAUCCUGGAGAGCUGCAGUGAACAGCAGAGAGAGGCUUUGAAGGUGAAGACAGACUCUUUAAGUGCCCGUUAUGAAGCAGUAAAUCAGAGUCAUGCUGAGCGCUUCUCAGCAUUAGAACAGGCUCAGGUGCUGGUAGCACGGUUCUGGGAGACAUAUGAGGAACUUGAACCCUGGCUGGGUGAGACAGAGACUCUGAUUACCCAGCUACCACCUCCAGCCAUUGACACAGAAGCGCUCAGACAACAACAAGACCAGAUGAGGCUUUUGAGAGAAUCCAUCGCUGAGCACAAGCCUCACAUAGAUAAACUGCUAAAGAUCGGCCCACAGCUGGCAGAACUGAGUGCCCAGGAAGGGGCAACAGUGAGACAACGUUAUAAUGAAGCAGAGAGACGUUACCUCAACAUCAAAGAGGAGGUCAAAGGUCGAGCCACAGCACUGGAUGAAGCAGUGUCACAGUCUGUCCAGUUCCAUGAUAAGAUGGACCCUCUGUUGGAGACUCUUGAAGGUGCAGUCCAACGCUUGCGGCAGCCACCUCCAGUGGCGGCUGAGGUGGAGAAGAUCCGGGAACAACUUGCGGAGCACCGGGCAACUGGACUAGAGCUGGACAAACUCCUUCCAUCUUUCAGCGCUCUGUGUUCCCGAGGAGAAGAGCUCAUCGGUCGCGCCCCACACGAUGAUCCUGCCGCCCAGGCUGUGCGUUCACGGCUCUUGCGGCUGCGCUCUCUGUGGGAUGAGAUCAGGCAGAGGGCAGAGGAAAGAGAAGGAAAGCUUCAGGAUGUUCUAGAUCUCGCCGGAAAGUUCUGGGCCGACAUGGCCGCUCUGCUGAGCACACUCCGCGACUCUCAAGACAUUGUGAAAGAGCUGGAGGACCCGGGGGUGGAUCCUUCACUGAUAAAACAACAAAUAGAGGCAGCAGAGGCCAUUAAGGCAGAGACAGAUGGGCUGAGGGAAGAACUGGAGAUCGUACGAACACUUGGAGCUGACCUCAUCUUUGCCUGUGGAGAGACUGAGAAACCAGAGGUCAAGAAGACCAUCGAUGAGAUGAACGCAGCCUGGGAAGGCUUGAACCGCACAUGGAGAGAGAGAAUGGAAAGACUGGAAGAGGCCAUGACUGCCUCUGUGCAGUACCAGGAUGCUCUUCAGGGCAUGUUUGACUACUUGGACAAUGCUGUCAUCAAAUUGUGUGACAUGCCAGCUGUAGGAACAGACCUCAGCACCGUUAAACAACAGAUCGAAGAGCUCAAGCAAUAUAAAGUGGAAGUUUACCAGCAGCAGAUUGACAUGGAGAAGCUUUGCCACCAAGGAGAGCUGCUGCUCAAAAAAGUGAGCGACCAAACAGACCGAGACAUGAUUCAAGAGCCUCUCACUGAGCUACGCCACUUGUGGGACAACCUGGUGGACAAAAUCACAAUCAGACAGCACAAACUGGAGGGUGCGCUGUUGGCUCUAGGUCAGUUCCAACAUGCUCUUUCUGAGCUGCAGUCUUGGCUCAGUCACACUCACGCCACACUGGACACCCAGCGACCCAUCAGCUCUGACCCCAAGGCCAUCGAAAUCGAGCUGGCUAAGCAUCAUGUUUUAAGAAAUGACGUGCUGUCCCAUCGGGCUACAGUGGAGACGGUGAACAGAGCAGGCUCUGAGCUGCUGGAGUCCAGUCCUGGAGAUGAAAUCAACCACCUGAGAGACCAGCUGGAUGAGCUCAACCGCAGCUGGAAGAACCUUCUGCUGAAGUCUGAUGAGAGGCAGAAGCUUUUGGAAGCUGCCCUGCAACAGGCGGAGGGUUUCCAUGGAGAGUUGGAGGAGUUUCUGCAGUGGCUUAGACGCACAGAGAGUCAGCUGUCCGCUGCCAAACCCACAGGUGGCCUGCCUGAGACCGCCAGAGAGCAGCUGCAGCAACACAUGGAGCUCCAGGAUCAGCUGAACCAGAGGAGUGAGCAGUAUCAUCGACUGCUGGAUCAAGGAGAGUCUAUUCUGCUGGCUAGAGGAGGGGAGGAUGCUGGACCUGGUACCACCCAGACCCAACAGAACCUGGCCAUGCUACAGAACAAGUGGGCCAGUCUCAAUGCCAAAAUGGAUGACAGAAGGGGCAAACUGGAGGAAGCUGUCUCGCUGGCAACAGGAUUCCAGACCUCCCUGCAGGACACCAUAAACUGGCUGACACAGGCAGAGCAGACUCUCAACAUGGCUCAGCCACCCAGUCUCAUUCUCGACACCGUCCUAUUUCAGAUAGAUGAGCACAAGGUGUUUGUGAAUGAGGUAAACACUCACAGAGAGCAGGUUCUGGCUUUGGAAAAAGCUGGGUCUCAGCUGCGGUUUGCCAGUCUCAAACAGGAUGUGGUUCUCAUCAAGAACCUGCUGCUCAGUGUACAAGCCCGCUGGGACAAACUGGUGCAGAGAUCACUAGACAGAGGACGCCACCUGGACGAGGCCCGCAAGAGAGCCAAACAGUUUCAUGAGGCCUGGAGGAAACUGACAGAUUGGUUGGAGGAAGCAGAGAGCAGGCUGGACUCUGAGCUGGAAAUCUCUAAUGAGCCUGACAAGAUUAAAGUCCAGCUGGCUAAGCAUAAGGAGUUCCAGAAGUCUCUUGGCUCCAAGCAGCCAGUGUAUGACACCACAGUGCGCUCUGGGAAGGCCAUGAGAGACAAGGCCACACUGCCGGCAGACACACAAAAACUGGACAACUUGUUGGGCGAGGUCCGAGACAAAUGGGACACGGUUUGUGGAAAGAGCGUGGAGAGGCAACACAAGUUGGAGGAGGCCCUUUUGUUCUCAGGCCAGUUUGCUGAGGCUCUCCAGGCUCUUGUUGACUGGCUAUAUCGUGUGGAACCUCAGCUCGCAGAGGACCAGCCUGUUCAUGGAGAUCUGGAUCUGGUUUCCAACCUAAUGGACUCCCAUAAGGUCUUCCAGAAAGAACUGGGAAAAAGGACAAGCAGUGUGCAGGCUUUAAAGCGGUCUGCCCGAGAGCUGAUGGAGACGGGCAGGGACGACACCGCCUGGGUCAAAGUUCAACUGCAGGAGCUUAGCAACCGCUGGGAAACAGUCUGUGCUCUGUCCGUUUCAAAACAGACUCGCCUCCAGCAGGCCCUCAAACAGGCAGAGGAGUUCCGCACAGCUGUUCAGAUGUUGCUGGAGUGGCUGUCAGAGGCGGAGCAAACAUUGCGUUUCCGGGGUGUCCUGCCAGAGGAGGUAGAGACUCUACAGGCACUACUGCACACGCACAGGGAUUUCAUGCAGACGGUGGAGGAGAAGAGAGUGGAUGUGAAUAAAGCUGCUGGCAUGGGUGAAGCCAUUCUAGCUGUGUGCCACCCUGACUGCAUCACCACCAUCAAACACUGGAUCACCAUCAUCAGAGCUCGCUUUGAAGAGGUGCUGACAUGGGCCAAACAGCAUGAGCAGCGCUUGGAAACAGCUCUGACUGAAUUGCUCAACAAUGCUACACUACUGGAGGAGCUGUUGUCUUGGCUGCAGUGGGCAGAGACCGCACUGGUGCAGCGUGAUACUGAACCACUCCCCCAAGACAUCUCUCAACUGAAGACGCUAAUUACAGAGCAUCAGGUGUUUAUGGAAGAAAUGACCCGAAAACAGCCUGAUGUUGACAAAGUGACAAAGACAUACAAGAGGAAACCAGCAGAACAUCCCAGCGGCCUGUCAGACAGGAGAGGGACCCGAAAACACCAGCAGCAGCAGCAACAACAGCACUCAGUACAAGUAACCGGUGGUAACCCUCGCCUCACUCAGCUCUGCUCCCGCUGGCAACAAGUCUGGCUGCUCGCCCUCGAUCGCCAGCGCAAGCUAAAUGAUGCUCUCGACAGGCUAGAGGAGCUUAAAGAGUUUGCCAACUUUGACUUUGAUGUGUGGAGGAAGAAAUACAUGCGCUGGAUGAACCACAAGAAGUCUCGAGUCAUGGACUUCUUCCGACGCAUCGACAAGGACCAGGAUGGAAAGAUCACUCGCCAGGAGUUUAUCGAUGGCAUCUUGGCAUCAAAGUUCCCUACCAGCAAGCUAGAGAUGACGGCUGUUGCUGAUAUCUUUGACCGAGAUUGUGAUGGAUACAUCGACUACUAUGAAUUUGUGGCUGCUUUGCACCCCAACAAAGAUGCUUACAGACCCACAACAGAUGCUGAUAAGAUCGAGGAUGAGGUCACCAGACAAGUGGCCCAAUGCAAGUGUGCCAAGAGGUUCCAAGUGGAGCAGAUUGGAGAGAACAAGUACAGGUUCUUCCUUGGGAAUCAGUUCGGAGACUCGCAGCAGCUGCGUCUUGUACGAAUCCUGCGCAGUACCGUCAUGGUUCGAGUCGGAGGAGGGUGGAUGGCGCUGGAUGAGUUCCUGGUGAAGAACGACCCUUGUCGAGUGCAACAUCCAGGACUUAAAAUCCUCCGUUCUGACUCCAGCAGCUCCAUAUCAUCUCGCAUAGUGACGGUCACUCCUGGCUAUUUCUGCUGCAGAGCUCGUGGACGUACCAACCUGGAGCUUCGAGAAAAGUUCAUUCUUCCAGAGGGAGCCACGCAGGGUCUGGCGGCCUUCCGGUCCCGGGGGCGGCGAUCCAAACCUUCGUCCCGCACUGCCUCACCCACACGUUCAUCUUCAUCGGCGUCACACAGCGCCCACAGCUGCGCCUCUUUGCCCUCAGCACCCGCAACGCCCACAGCCUCCUCAAGGUCCUCCCAAUCCCAAUCUCGUGGCUAUGCCAAGCCCUGGCUGGCACACAGUAAAACUCCAACACCAACCAAGUGCCAGUCCUGCCCAGAGCACAGCCAGACCCCUGGGCAUGAGGGAGGCUCCACAUCGAAGCUGAAAAGACCAACUUUCCAUUCCAGCCGUGGCUCCUUAACUGGUGAAAACGGUGGAACACCAACCGCUGCUAAACCUGGACGCUCCGACACCAAGCGCACUCCGUCCUCGACGAGCGGCCCGGCCAGUCGAGCGGGGAGCCGCGCUGGAAGCCGAGCCAGCAGCCGAAGGGGCAGCGAUGCUUCAGACACGUCUGAGCUCAUGGAGACGCGCUCAGCUUGCUCCGAUAACUCAGACACCCCUCGCCGGCCCGGGGCCAAACCCUCAAAAAUCCCCACCAUUUCCAAGAAGGCCCCCAGCCCCAAAACACCAGCGAGCAAGAAAUAAAGCCUCCACCCUAUCAGUCUGCGUGACUGACUCUGAGGUGGUUGUGAUUUAACCAGCAGGAGGAGAACACAAACACCUUCCUCUCUCAAACGGCCAACGUGCCGCUCCGGACCAGACUUAACCUCUCCAGCGUCCAGCACAGCCGCACACUGCUACAUCACCCAGAACAAUACCUACCAUAAUGCUGCCUUAUUUGUGUUCGACAUCACGUCCUUAAUUUGACUGACAUUAAGUUGAAUGUGCGACGGAGAACAUCCUGUGUGAGAAGACAUAUCUACACAGACACUUUGGAAGUUUUCACCGUUCACUAUGAAUAUGCAACCGCCCGUCACUCUCCAAACCUCAUGCAUGGUUGUCACUUUUGGAGAUGUUUGGUUGGACAUGUAUGCAGACCAGUCUCACCUAGGUGUCUGUGCCACCGCAACAAGAGGAAAUCAAUUCAAAACAGAGACGUUUUCCUCCUGGAUACUUUUUUGGACUCAUGUAUGUUUGUGUGUAUGUAUGUGUGUGGUAGUUCCUGUCAUGGUAAAUUAACGCAGUAAUACGGAGAGGAAGUGGAGGAGGAUACAUAUCUCUAUCUGGAGAAGACUAGACCCUUCACGUCAGACACAAACUCCUAUAGCGCACAGCACACGAGUUUCACGCGCUCGCACCCACGGUCUUCUCCGCUGUGUGUCCACGCAGUCUAGUUGUGUCCUUUUGUUACAGACAUCAUGUUACAGAGCUUUUCCACUGUAUGCAAAAAUGAUUACAAUUGUGAAUGUUUGUUUCAUGGUUAAUUUAUAAUCCUGACGUUUUGUUUCUUUUUCUAGAGUAAAGAGCUGUAUUUAUUUGUGAUUGCAGUAUCAUAUCAACUCUUAAGAAUGACUAGUAUUAACACAAUCCGGAAUCACACUCUUGGUUUUGUUUUUGUAACGUAAUGAAUUUCUCCGACUGAUCAUUUAUGAUGUUAAACUGACCAGGAAGCUUACUGAUUCCAAUGGUGGCCUUUUUGCCGGUGAAUACACACUUUAGAUGACGUCAAAAGUGGCUUCCUACUUGUUCUUUCGUGACGGAAGCACCCUAAAUAAUGAACGACGGGGGUGGCUCGCGUAGCCCCCGUUAAAAACAGCGCUUUGAAUCUUGUCUUUGACAAGCUGAAGUAUAUGAAUACCUGAAGAAAGGUGAUUUUUAUUUAUUUAUUGUGUCAUUGGGAGGGAGGUGAGGGCUGUGAAAGGAUCCACCUUUUGAUUGUGUUACUCUUUUGACAUGACUGAGAGAAACAGGGGUGCGAUUGUGUAAAAGUAAAGAAGUUAUGAUUAUAAAUUCUUUUUGUUCUCUUUUGUAUUAAAACAAUGCUUGCAGUAAAA